AUGAGCAGCUCAAUGUCUACCGAGUCUGCGUCUGUGUCGCAGCAACCGGAAGUUCUUGGGAGAAGUCGGGAGGGGAUGAUUGCUGAAUCACUAAAAAACGGCGAAGACGUCCAAAAGCAGUUUCCGUCAGUCGAUUUCAAAGGAGCAGUCGUUGAACCUACGGUGAACCUCAUGUUUGACAUACAGAAGUACGUGGAUGAAGCAAAACAGCGAAGAUACAACACUCUCAUGGCUGAGAUGCUCAAAAACACUGCCGACCCCGCAUUUGCCGAGAGGCUUUUGUGGGAGGCGAGAGAGUGCCUCAUCGGUUACCCCGAUGUCCUGUCGCAAUUUGACGCUAUUUUUAUCACUAAAAGACCCAUUCCUGUCAUGAUCAGUGACUUGCACGAAGUUCUGAGGACAAAGAAGGAGACAGUGAGGAGGAUGAGCUUGCAAAAUCAAGAACAGGGAAACAGUACAGAGGCUAAAUCAUGA